AUGACACCCUUAAGCCACGCCACAACCCACAUUUCUUUCUCCAAAACCACAACCUUCACUAUCAAACCACAAUGCAUAACACUCAUUCAACCACUCAAACCCAACACAAAACAACACUCUCACGAAACCUUAAAAACCAUACACAAAACAACAAACAUUUCAUCAUCAAAAUCAACAACAUCACCAACAAAACCAUUACCAUUACCAACAAAAGUUAGCAAAAAAUGGCAAGAAUACCAAGGAAUAACCAAUUGGAAAGGCUUACUAGACCCAUUAGACAACAACCUCCGUUCCGAAAUCCUUCGCUACGGCCAUUUCGUCGAAGCUGCAUAUAAAUCCUUCGAAUUCGACCCGUCUUCCCCAAACUACGCCACCAACAAGUUCCCCAAAACCACACUCUUCAAAAAAUGCGGCCUACCAAAAACCGGUUACAAACUAACCAAACACUUGCAUGCAACUUCCUCCAUCCAACUACCUAGUUGGAUCGACAAAGCACCAUCAUGGGUCGCAACAAAAUCAAGCUACAUUGGCUACAUCGCCGUCUGCAACAACAAACACGAAAUCAAACGACUCGGUCGAAGAGACGUUGUCAUCGCAUUUCGCGGAACAACAACAUGCUUAGAAUGGCUCGAGAAUCUUCGCGCUACUCUAACCAACAUUAACUCAUUGCAAUGCAACAACAAUAGUCCUGGUCCUAGUCCUCGUGGAAUCUUCAUCGAUCAUGAAAAAAACAAUCAACCCAUGGUAGAAAGUGGGUUUCUUAGUCUCUACACUUCAAAAUGUUCUAACGAAGUUCCAUCUUUACAAGAAACAAUAAGAAGAGAAAUCGAUCGAAUUCUCAAAACAUACAAAGGUGAAAAUCUGAGUUUUACUAUAACAGGACACAGUUUAGGAUCAGCAUUAGCGAUAUUAACCGCUUACGACAUUAGAACAUGUUUCAAAACAAGCUUCCACCGGAAACCGUUGGUAACGGUAAUCUCAUUCGGCGGUCCGCGCGUCGGCAACCGGAGCUUCCGGUCACUUCUAGAAAAAGAAUCCAUUAAAGUGCUACGGAUAGUGAACUCAGACGAUGUUGUAACAAAAAUGCCUGGGUUUGUUUUUGACAGUGACGUGGAUGAUGACAUGGAAGGUGACGUGGAUGGGGAAGUUGAUGACGUGGCGUGGUAUUUGCCACGGUGGAUACAAAAGCGAGUGGAGGAGAUGAGGUGGGUGUACUGUGAGGUUGGGGAGGAGUUACGGUUAUGUAGCAGAGAUUCGCCGUACCUGAAAAGUGUGAAUAUUGCCACGUGUCAUGAUUUGAAGACGUAUAUGCAUCUUGUUGAUGGGUUUGUCAGUUCUUCGUGUCCUUUUAGAUCUACUGCCAGGAGGUUUCUUCACCGGUAA